AUGGUUCGUCCAGGUGCUGAGCAAAGCCGCGGGCUCAUCGCCGCGAGAAAUUUCCGCGAGGGGACAACAGUGGUGUCUGUGCCGCUGCACACUUUUGCCAUCACAGCGGAUCGGCUGCUUACAAGCGAGCAUCUGCGCUCCCUUAAUCCACCCACUCUUGAUGACGUGCGGCGUUUCCUGACUGCACGCAGUGUCAAGGACCCUGUGCUGUGGGAGCAAGUGCACCUUGCGCUUCUCAUUGCCGGAGAGCGACUGAAUUUGGAUUCGUUUUUUACGCCGUACUUUGAGGUGCUGCCGCACCCGGCGGUGAAUGAUGAAGCGGUGAUGCGGUUGCACAAGGAUGUGCUUGAUCCCAUGCAGCUUGUUGAAUGGGACGACCACCAGCGCGAGUGGGUCACUGUUUUCCGCACUCUGGUACAGCGCUGGGGAAGCAAAAGCCCGCCAGUCGAAAUCUGCUACUGGGCGUGGCGAACGGUUCUGAGUCGCAUGCACAUGCUUCCGGACCGUGGUCUGGCCCCGGCUGAAGUAGGCUCGACCUUAAACUACUUUGCUCUCUCCACAUUUGAGCGAGCAGAGCGGCAAACGCGCAUUUUGAAGCGCCUUAGGACCGUCAUCGGCGCAGUCUUUGGCAACGAUAACGCCGCCGAAGAAUAUCGUCUUGUUCCAACACUCGUGCCGCUCUUGGAUAUGACGAACCAUUUGUCCUCGGGCAACGUCAGUGUUGAGGUACAGCCCCGCCCGGGGAAGGGGAGCUGUGCUGAGCUGCAGGCCGUAAGGGAAAUACAGAGUGGCGAGGAAAUUGGGUUAUGUUUUAACCGAUCGCAAGGAGCUGCUUUUACACUCUACCGAUUUGGGUUUCUUCCAUUGUGA